CGUGUUAUCUAAGCCACGGAGGAGGAACUCAAUGUAUCGGAGAGAGAGCGGCCGCCUUGAUCCAUUUGUCAUCGUUUUCCUGCUUCUGACCUUGUUUGCACGAGAGGCGCCAGAGUGACAUCACUGCCUCUCUUCCUGUUGCACUCGAGCUGCCUGACCCAAAGGCUUGACACAAGCCAGAUGGCUUCGAUUGGUAGGUGCUCAGGCUGCCUGGUACUGCAAUUGAUGAUACCGAAUAGGAAGACCUUUUAUGAUCAGCUGCGCGGACUGAGAAAGAAUGCAGUUUUGCUAGGUUCAUGUAGGGAUAAAAAGAGCUGCAAGGUGGCCUUCCCACAGCAGGAGUUGAGGAAACGCUUGACAGCCCAGCAGUACCACGUGACUCAAGAGAAGGGGACGGAGAGCGCAUUUACAGGAGAGUACACUUUAUACAAAGACAAAGGGACCUAUAAUUGUGUUGUUUGUGGGACCCCCCUAUUUGCGUCUGAGACCAAGUUUGACUCUGGGUCCGGUUGGCCCGCUUUCUACGAUGCGCUGGAAUCUGGUACAAUAACACUGGUGGAUGACUUUUCCCAUGGAAUGCACAGGAUUGAGACAAGCUGCAGCAAUUGCGGAGCACAUCUGGGACACGUCUUUGAUGAUGGGCCCCGUCCAACUGGUAAACGGUAUUGUAUAAACUCUGCCUCAUUAUCCUUUAUACCCACGGGCCAGAGCUCCACUGAUGAAGGCAGCGUUCCUGCCCCAUCUGGCAAGACGGAACUUUAGGCUACAGAAGGCUGAUGAAUGGGGUUAUUACUUCACAAGCCUGGGCACCAACGACAAACAUCUUUGUGCAUUUAAAGUAAUAAAAUAACAAGUUAUUUAAAUACACACAAGUAAAAGCUCUACUGCAUAAAACAUUGAACUUACUUAGCGUGGAUAAGAGAAUCCUUGUAAUUUUUUCUCUCAUAGGAUGUAGAUUGUAGCGGAGCAAGUCAGUGUGGUUGGGUUUUGUAAACUGUGGGAGUGCUACCAAGUAGCAUAGAAAAUCCAUUGUACUCUCCCAGAGUAGCAUAGCCUGGCACAGGGCAGUCAGGAAAAGCAAGGCAUUAGCAGUUUCCUCAUAAUGUAAUUUGGAGACUGCCAGGAAUGCUUCACAAUGAAAUGCAAUGGCAGGAGAAAGAAAAGUUCAAGCACAGGUCAUAAUGUCCUGAGCAGACAAAAUCAGGACAGCUGCUGCAUGUUUGAAAUCUAUGUAUUUUACUCCACUCUGAAAAAUUAUUUUGUUGAAAUGGACAUGUAAAUUGCACAUUUUCCUUUUUCUUUCACUACGAACUUGUUUGUAAAAAAAAUAUAUAUUGCCGAAUAAAAAAAAUUACUGAUUUAGUCCUUAAAA